AUUUUCUUAUAAAUAUUCUUGUUAUAUUUAUCACUUCAAUCACAAACCAAUCACUACUAAAUGUCAAUCUCUAAAGGUAAUAUGAAUCUUGAAAAAUCACUACACGUAGCUGUUUUAGCGUUCCCAUUUGGCACACAUGCAGCUCCACUUCUCAGCCUUGUGAGAAAAAUUGCAGAAGAAUCACCUAAUGUCACAUUUUCAUUCUUCAGCACAAAGAAAUCAAAUGCAACCCUUUUUUCUACUUCAUAUGAGUUUCUUCCACCCAAUAUUAAACAUUAUGAUGUUCAUGAUGGGUUGCCGGAAGGUUACGUGCCUUCCGGACAUCCACUUGAACCGAUUUUUCGGUUCAUUAAGGCAAUGCCGGAGAAUUAUAGGAGUGCUGUAGAUGAAGCUGUGGAAGAGACAGGGAAGAAGAUUAGUUGUUUUGUUACUGAUGCUUUUUAUUGGUUUGGUGCUGAUCUUGCUGAUGAGAUGAAUGCUAAAUGGGUUCCUGUUUGGACUGCUGGACCUCAUGCUCUUCUUACACAUUUCUACACUGAUCUUAUCAGAGACAAAUUGGGAAACAAUAAAGAUGACGUAAAAAAUUCCAAUUUUCUACCUGGUUUUCCUGAGCUAGAUGCUUCUGAUUUGCCUGAAGGAGUAAUAGAUGAUAUAAAUGGACCUUUUGCAACAAUGUUACACAAAAUGGGACUAGCAUUACCACGAGCAACUGCAGUUACGAUAAACUCAUUUUCUACACUACACUCUAUUAUAGAGAAUGAGUUAAACUCCAAGUUCAAAUUGUUACUAAAUGUUGGUCCAUUCAUCUUGACAACACAGCAGCGCACGAUUUCCGAUGAACAUGGUUGUUUAGCAUGGUUGAACAAACACGAGAAAUUCUCAGUAGUGUAUAUAAGCUUCGGAAGUUCGAUAAUACCCCCGCCUCACGAGCUCGCUGCAUUGGCAGAGUCUUUGGAAGAAUGUGGUUUUCCGUUUCUUUGGGCCUUUAGAGGUAAUCCAGAGGAACAACUUCCUAAAGGGUUUAUGGAAAGGACUAGAGAAAGAGGAAAAAUUGUUGCAUGGGCUCCUCAAGUGCAAAUCCUUAAACAUUCAUCGGUUGGUGUUUGUUUGACACAUUCUGGUUGGAAUUCAGUGUUGGAUUGCAUUGUUGGUGGUGUGCCAAUGAUUAAUAGACCGUUUUUUGGAGAUCAGAAAAUGAAUGCAAGAAUGAUAGAGAGUGUUUGGGAGAUUGGUGUGAGAGUUGAGAAUGGAAUUUUGAGUAAAGAAUCGAUUUUGAAAGGUUUGGAAUUGACUAUGUCAAGUGAGAGAGGGAGGGUUAUGAGGGAGAAGAUAGUGAAACUUAAAAAGUCUGCUUUGAAAGCUAUUGGGGAAAAUGGUACCUCUACAAAGAAUCUCAAGACUUUGAUACAAAUCGUUACGAGUUAAAGUUUUUUAACAAUAUUCAGGAUUGUUCAAUGGUACAAAAUUGUGACUUUGUUCACUAUGAAAUUAUUAGUCUUUUGAAUAAACAAUUUUGACCAUGAACAAAAUUUAUAAUUAUUACACGUUUAACAUAGAAUAAUAGUAGCAAUUGAAAAGGAGAAUAUGUUGAGAAAAAUAAAUGUGAAUAUGAAAUGUUGAAAAUAAGUUAGUGAAUUCUCACGUUAUUAGAAAAAUGGAGAUUAUCACUUUAUAAGUGACAGAAUUCUUACACCUAUUACCUUAAAAUUUUUGUU